AUGGAAACAAAUUCACUUAUCGGUAUAAACAAAACAGAAAAUUCCACUAAAGAGAGCGAGAAUGAUGAAGACACACUAUCCACAAGUGAGUAUCAGACUCCUUGGAUCUCCAUCUACAUUGCUGGGAUAUGUGCUUUCAUACAAGCUGUUCAAUUUUCAAUAUAUGCUAGUUCAAUGUGGCCAUAUCUCCGGAAGUUAGAUCCCCUCAUAUCAGAAUCUUCCUAUGGAACCAUUCUAACAGCUUACAGUAUUGCCCAAUGUGUUGGAGCUCCGACUUUUGGAGUAUGGAGUAAUAAGAUCAAACAAAUUCGUCUUCCUUUGUUCGUAGGAUUCACUAGUAUGACAUUAGGAAACGCUAUUUAUCUAUUAUUAGAGCGUGUACCUAUUUCCUGGAUUAUAUUUGUAAUGAUGGCUACUCGUUUUACUGUCGGAGCUGGCUCAGGCAAUAUAACAUUACUAAGAGCAUAUGUAAGUACUGUUUCGACUAAGGACGAUCGCAUGAGAGCUGUCUCUUGUGUCAGCGGGGGUAUCGCUGUCGGAAGCAUGAUCGGACCAGCGCUUCAACUGCUCUUCACACCAUUAGGAGAAAAUGGUUUUUCAGUUUUUGGAUUUUUUCAAUUCAAUGUUUAUACGGGUCCUGCGAUCCUCUCGUUGAUACUCAAUUUAGCAGGAAUUUUUUUGGUCAAGUUUUGUUUCAAUGAAACUAUUUUACCAUUCGAUUGCGAGGACGGAUCAAAACCUGGCAGUCGCGUCCGUGCAGAUGUUUUAGCUUUAUUCAUCAUCAUCGCCACCAGAUUUUCUCAAAUCUUCUUACACAGCACUACUGAUAUGAUAAACUCUCCGUUUACGAUGAUGAUGUUUGAAUUCACAAAAGAGGAAGCUGUCAAGUACAAUGCACUUGUUUAUGCAGUUGCGGGUUCUUUAGGUGCUCUCAUGUACGUCUUCUUCAUUGUCUUCAAUGUUGGCAAACGACUUAACAGUCGGGCUUGUUGUAUACUAGCUCAAAUCACUUUUGUUAUUAUGUUUAUUGCGACUUACCAAUGGCCAUUCCUAUCUAAGAAAGUUGGGUUACGAGUAGACGGGUCAGAUUACGGGUGUGACAGUGAUCGUUUUACAUGGUGCGAAAACUUGACAGUCAAUUCUAUAUGGCUCUAUUAUGCCUUUUAUAUAUUUGUCUUUGGUAUCUCAUAUGCUUUGCUCAAUGCAACACUGAAUACUCUCUAUUCGCACAUAAUCGGCCCUCAACGACAGGGAACUUUGCAAGGGAUUUUCCAGGUUGCUGGUAGCAUUGCGCGUAUCAUUGCUCCUCUCAAUACCAGCUAUUUAUAUACGAAGAGUGGACCCAGAAUCGUUUGGGGAGUAGAAGCAGUGGAAGCGGCUGCUGUUUUAUCAUUAUGGUUCAUAUUUUUCCGAAGACUCAUCCCAUAUGAAGAAUCUCAAAAAAAGAAAACAAAACCCACAGAAGUAUAA